AUGGUCGGUAAGAAUUCCCCGCUCCUGCACAAUCUCACACUUGGGUACAAUAUCCACGAUGACUAUUUCAGCACUCUUGGCACAUCAGAUGCCUUGCUGGACAUCCUCUCUGCAGGAGAAGCCAAUGUUCCCAACUACAGCUGUGGAAAGAAGGACAACCAUUUCGUUGUUUUUGAUCAAACCGACAGGGACAUCUCCAUCCAGAUGUCAACAUUAAUAGCCCCCUACAAAAUCCCACAGUCCCUGCCUCAGUCCAGAUGUGUGGAAAAUUGUCAUCCUGGAUUUGUCAAGCAGAAGCGAGAAGGAGAACCAGUUUGCUGCUAUGACUGUGUUCCUUGUCCAGAAGGGACCAUCUCCACUCAGGAAGAUACUGAAAAAUGCACCAAGUGCCCAGAUGAUCAAUAUCCAACCAAGAACCGAGUCCAAUGUAUCCCCAAAAGAAUAACCUUCCUGUCCUAUGAAGAACAUCUGGGCAUCAUCCUGGUCUCUUUUGCCUUACUCUUGUUCCUAACCACAGGAUUUAUUUUAAUCAUAUUCAUUAAAUACCUAGAAACUCCCAUUGUCAAAGCCAACAACCGGGACCUCUCCUUCAUCCUUCUGGUCUCCCUCCUCCUUUGCUUUUUGUCCUCAUUUCUCUUCAUUGGUCAACCAAGGAAAGCUACCUGUCUUCUCCAACAGACGGUGUUCAGCAUUGUCUUCUCAGUAGCUGUGUCUUCUGUGUUGGCCAAAACAAUCACAGUGGUGCUGGCCUUCCUGGCCACAAAACCAGGAGACAAAGUGAGAAGAUGGUUGGGGAAGGGCUUGGCCAACUCCAUCAUCCUUCUUUGUUCUGCUGGCCAAGUUUUCAUCUGUGCCAUGUGGCUUGGAAUUUCUCCCCCAUUCCCUGACUCUGACUUACACACCCAGCCAGAAGAGAUCAUCCUUCAGUGCAACGAAGGCUCUGUCGUCAUGUUUUCUCUUGUCCUUGGCUAUAUGUGUUUCCUAGCUAUCAUUUGCUUCACAGUGGCUUUCCUGGCCAGGAACCUGCCUGGGGCCUUCAAUGAGGCCAAGCUGAUCACCUUCAGCAUGCUGGUCUUCUGCAGCGUCUGGGUCUCCUUCCUGCCCACCUACCUGAGCACUAAAGGAAAGUUCUUGGUGGUCGUGCAGAUCUUCUCCAUCUUGGCUUCCAGUGCUGGUCUACUGGGCUGCAUCUUCUUCCCCAAGUGCUAUAUUAUCCUCCUGAGACCUAAUCUAAACACUAAGGAACAUCUAAUGAUAAAAGUGGGAAACUGA